AAGAGGGAGCGUCACUUCCUGUUCCGUUCGGGCAAAGAGGGAAGUCGCUUUGCUUCGGGAGAGCCAACCGUAGGCUGGUGCGUGGAGGAAGAAGCCCAUGAGAAGUGCAGAAGUUCUUGGAGUGGAUCUGUGCAUUUGCCAUCAUGGUGAAGUCUUGUUGCGCCAUCAACUGCAACAAUAAAUUUUCACUGGGCAAUAACAUCUCAUUCCACAGGUUUCCUCUCGGGAGAAAAGACCUGUUGAAGAAGUGGGUCUGGAACAUUCGGAGGAAGAACUUCUGUCCCACCCGCCACCACGUCAUCUGCUCGGAGCACUUCCAGGAGACGGACUACCUUGAGAAUGUGGCUUCCGGGAGGCGAUACCUAAAGCCCGAUGCUGUUCCAACAGUAUUCAACAUACCUGAGCGGCUAAAGAGGGGCCCUAAAAAGAGAAGACCCCUGCUCCGACGAAAGCCCCCCGAUCCUGAGCCGACGAAGCCCAAGCCUGCUGGUGUAGAAGUGCUAUCUCCCGGGAGCGAUGUCGUUGGUCUGGAACAUUCCUAUUCCCUCCCAGUGAGCCCAGUCCUGGAUCUUCACUUGGUGUCUCCACGGGAGCAAAGCCCUGCAGACCCCGGAGCGGGCAAAGGCCUCCGCCUCCUCCCGACUAGGCCGAAGAGAGAAUGUAGGGAAAGAACGAAGCCAAAUUUCCCAGACGGGCCUGUGGUCAGCUCUGACGAAGAGCGCCGGAGCUUCCGCCAGCUCUGUUACCAGGAGGUCAGUGGGCCACUGGAACUGUGCAAACGGCUCUGGGAGCUUUGCCACCAAUGGCUGAAGCCCGGGAAGCACACCAAGCUACAGAUGUUGGACCUGGUGAUCCUGGAGCAGUUCAUGGCCGCCCUGCCCCAGGAGAUGCAGCGCUAUGUCCAAGGAGAAGACCCCGCCAACUGCGACCAGGCAGUGGCCCUGGCGGAGGAUUUCCUGCGGAAUCAGCUAGGAAGAGAGGUGCAGAGGCCACCAGCUGAGAAGACUCCAUUGGGCACCUGGCAUAAGCUUCAGUUCAAGGAUACCCCACAGAAGGAGGCCCGAAAUGCCACCUCACUGGGUGACAGGAGCUUGAGAGAGACCACAGCAGAGGACACUCACCUGGAAGUCCCCAUGUCCGAAGAAGAAAUGUCCCAGGAGAUUGCUUCCUCCGUGACUAUUGAGACAGGUGACGUGUGGGAGAGCGACAUCGAAGGGGAGCCAUGUGAAGUCUCAGUAGGAACCGAGGGCAUUGAUGCAGAAGGAAAUUCUGGGAAUCGAGAUGGAGCAAAGAACCAGGAGGGAAACAAACCCGCUGAGAACUGCGAUGGGAAACUAGCAGGCGAUGGCCAGGUUCAAGCCAAUGAAAGUGAGAGUUGUCCACUGAAAAACCCUCCACAAGAAGUUGGCGUAUCAUUGGAGAAAGGCAAGAGGAAAGUCUUCCAGAGCCCUAAUACAGAAGAGAUGUCUGGAAACAUGGAGGAAAUGGAGAGUUCCCAGGAAGCCUUGCAAGGGAAAACGCCGAAAGAAAAUCCAUAUAAAUGCACCCAAUGUGAAGAGAGCUUCCCUAAGAGAUCACAGAUGGUUAUGCAUGAGAAGAGUCACACUGGGGAAAAGCACAUCUGCUCGCAAUGUGGGAAAUUUUUCUCUUACCAGUCCGAUCUUGAAAACCACGAGAGAAGCCACAGCGACGAGAAACCAUACCAGUGCUUGGACUGUGGAAAAAGCUUUCGUGAGAAAGCUUAUGUUGCUCAGCACAAAAGAAUCCACACAGGAGAGAGGCCAUACGCAUGCUCUGAGUGCGGGAAAAGCUUCUUCCGCAGAGGGUCACUUAUUUUGCAUGAGAGAAUCCACACAGGAGAGAAGCUCUACAAGUGCCCGGACUGUGGGAAAAGUUUCAAUCGGAAGCCGCACCUCGCUGUCCACAGGCGAAUCCACACAGGAGAGAAGCCGUAUGAGUGCUCGGACUGCGGGAAGAAUUUCACUGUGAAAUCUGCUCUUAACGUUCACAUGCGAACCCACUCGGAAGAGAAGCCCUACAUGUGCUCUGUGUGCGGGAAAAGCUUCCGUGAGAAAGGAACCCUUAACAUACACAAACAGAGCCAUACUUCUGAAAAACCAUACCAGUGCUCCGAAUGUGGGAAAUGUUUCAGUUAUACUGCAUCGUUUAGGCGACACAAGAAGACUCAUGCCAGAGGUGCUGCUGUGAAAUCCUAUGAAUGCCCCGAAUGUGGGAAAAGUUUUGGCCGCAAAGACUAUCUUAUUACACACCGGAGAAUCCAUACAGGAGAGAAGCCUUACGUCUGCCCCGUUUGCGGGAAAGGCUUUAAUCAUGGUGCAACUCUUGUCACACAUAAAAGAACACAUACAGGAGAAAAGCCAUAUGAGUGCUCUGAGUGUGAUAAAAGUUUUAAACAAAUUUCAGGCCUCAUUACGCACCGGAGAACCCACACUGGAGAGAAACCAUAUGAAUGUUUGGACUGUGGCAAACGCUUUAUUCUGAAGUCGUACCUUGAUGUACACAAGAGAAUCCACACCGGAGAGAGGCCUUAUCAGUGUGCCCAGUGUGGGAAAGGCUUCUCUUGCUCUUCUUAUCUUUUGAGACAUGAGAAAACCCACACGGGGGAAAGACCAUAUACAUGCUCUGAGUGUGGUCAAAGCUUUCACUGGAAACGUUCUCUCAUUAUGCACAAACGAAAGCACACAGGAGAACAGACUCUUCAUGAGUGUGUGAUCUGUGGCAAAAAUUUCAGCUGGACAUCUGCUCUCGCUGUGCACAUGAGGACUCACACAGGUGAGAAACCAUAUGUGUGCUCUGAGUGUGGGAAGCAGUUCAGUGGCAAGUGGAUCCUCAUCCAGCACAAGAGAAUUCAUACUGGAGAGAAACCAUAUGAAUGCCCUGAGUGCAGGAAAACCUUCCAUGCAAAAUCGUCCCUUCUCGCUCACCAAAGGACCCACACUGGAGAGAAACCAUAUGAAUGUUCUGAAUGCGGGAAAAGCUACAGUGUGAAAGCAAACUUUGUUGCGCAUAUGAGGACUCAUACUGGAGAGAAACCUUAUGAGUGCUCCGAUUGUGGGAAAAGCUUCUAUAAAAAAGAUCGCCUGAUGACGCACAGGAGAACCCACACAGGAGAGAAGCCAUACCAAUGCUCUGUAUGUGGGAAAGGGUUCAAUUGGAAAGUCGGUCUAAUUAACCACAUGAGAAUUCACACGGGAGAGAAACCCUAUGCAUGCUCUGAGUGCGGGAAAUGCUUCCAUAAAAAAGAUCACCUUGCUAGACACGAGAUCAUUCACACUGGCGAGAAACCCUAUGAGUGCUUUGAGUGUGGGAAAAGCUUUAAUCAAAAAGUAGCCCUUAUUGUGCACAAGAGGACUCACACAGGAGAGAAACCAUAUAAAUGCUCAGAGUGUGAUAAAAGUUUCAGCUGGAAAAAAUCCCUUAUUACGCACCAGGCCGCCCAUACGGGAAAGAAACCCUACGAAUGCUCUAAGUGUUCAGAAAGCUUCAGCAGACGUUCCCACCUUGUAGAACACGAAAACACGCACACAGUUUCAGCUUUUGUCGCUGCCCCUCAAGAACUCUCUGUGGAAGAAAUAAACACUGCUGUGAUGAAUUUGGACUGCAAUACGUUUAUUUUGACCACCGUGGUGUGAACUGGGAUCACUGGAAAAGCUGACCGAUUCUGGAACCUGUUCACUCUGCACAACCUGGUUUACAAGCUUCCACAUACAGCAGCAGAACGUCUUCAAAUAUAGCCUGCGAAAAACGCAUCCCUUUCUGGUGUCUCCCCAUCUUCCAACUGCUUCAAGAUUACUGCAGUUUCCUCCAAGAAAUACUCCCCUCUUCAGCCAUCCUUCUAAAAACGCUUAUUCUUUAGUUAAGGCCCCAUACAAAUCUCCUUCAAAAAAAUCUAGCUUUUCUUAGAAGAAUAACAGGCUUGUGUGGAGCAUACACAGAUGUUAACUAUAUACUAUAUUUUGGGAGAAGUAUCAAUAUAUUGGGCAAUUGAUUGUGAUCAGUCCCUGAAAAGGAUUCUUAUAUUUUCAUAUCCUUGGUUGGGUUACUGAAUAAGUCUGUGAGGAAUCCAUCUUUUCAUUCUCUGUUGUGAACUGCUCUCGUUAACUUAUGUUACUCAUCUGUGUUUGGGAAUGUGUACAGAUGCCAUUGCUACCCAUUUAAUAAACCAGAUUACCUUCGAAA